UUUUAUUUCACACGUGGUUGGGGCGUUGUGCCGAGCCUUCUGUUCUGUUAUUCCCUAAAAAAUGGUCGCCACCUCGAGGUUAUUGAGCAGGAACAGGAAGGCCUUUAACAGAUCCUAAAGAAUCAUGAUCUCUUGGAGUUGGAAACCUUCGAGUUGAAUUUAGGGUUAUCCAUUGACGCAGUCAUGUCUUCAGAUCUCCUUCUAAAGCCGUCAUGUAGCGGCUGUGGGUCGACGACGGAUCUUUACGGAAGCAAUUGCAAGCACAUGACUCUCUGUUUAUCCUGCGGGAAGGCAAUGGCAGAGAACCAUGGAAAAUGCUAUGAGUGCGGAGUUAUUGUUACGCGAUUGAUCCGGGAGUACAAUGUUCGUGCAAGCUCUGCUAGUGAUAAGAGUUACUUCAUCGGUAGAUUCGUCACAGGAGUUCCAAAUUUUUCAAAGAAGAAAAAUGCCAAUAAUAAAUGGUCUCUACAGAAAGAAGGACUCCAAGGACGCCAAGUUACUGAUGCCUUGCGGGAGAAGUACAAGAAUAAGCCUUGGCUUUUGGAGGAUGAGACGGGCCAACAGUAUCAUGGUCAGAUUGAGGGUGCACAAUCAACAGCUUAUUAUCUGCUCAUGAUGCAAGGGAAGGAAUUUGUUGCUAUCCCUGCUGGUUCUUGGUACAAUUUUAAUAAAGUUGCCCAAUAUAAGCAACUUACCUUAGAAGAAGCUGAAGAGAAAAUGAAGAAUAGGCGGAAAACUGCAGAUGGAUAUGAAAGAUGGAUGAUGAAAGUGGCAAAUAAUGGGCCUGCUGCUUUUGGUGAAGUAGAGAAGUUUGAUGACAAGGAAAGUGGUGGGGGUGGUGGGAGGGGACGUAGAAAAGCAACUGGUGAUGAUGACGAAGGGAAGGUCUCAGAUAAGGGAGAGGAAGACGAGGAAGAAGAGGAGGCAAGGAAAACUAGACUUGGACUAAGAAAAGGAGGUGGUGAUGAUGAUGAAGGUCCCAGAGGAGGUGAUCAUGAUUUGGAUGAUGAUGAUAUUGAGAAGGGUGAUGACUGGGAGCAUGAAGAAAUUUUCACUGAUGAUGAUGAAGCUGUGGGUAAUGAUCCUGAGGAGCGAGAAGACUUAGCUCCUGAGGUUCCUGCACCUCCGGAAAUCAAACAGGAUGAAGAGGAUGAAGAUGAAGCUAAUGAGGAAGAGGGAGGACUUAGCAAAUCUGGAAAGGAACUAAAGAAGCUGCUUGGUAGAGCAGGUGGGCUGAACGAUUCGGAUGCUGAGGAUGAUGAUGAUGAUGAAGAUGUGGAAGAUGAGUUUGGUCUGUCCCCUGUAUUGGCUCCAAAGAAGAAGGAUGCACCAAAAGAAGAACCUGCUGAGAGCAACCCCUCAAAACCAUUAUCUUCAGGGACUGCUCGAGGAACACCUUCUACAUCCAAGUCAGCAAAGGCAAAGAGAAAAUCUGGUGGGGAUGAUGGAAAAGUUGCUAAUGGUGCACCUUCAAAAAAAGGGAAGUUUGAAAAUGAAUCAAAAUCCUCUCUGAAGGAUGAGCCCAUGUCCACUUCCAGAUGUAGUGCACCCCAAAAAGCAUUGGCAUCAUCUGGAUCAACAGCACCAACUGGUCCUGUCACUGAAGAUGAAAUCAGGGCAGUACUGUUGGCAACAAGCCAUUUAACAACACAGGAUCUUGUUGCUAAAUUUAAAGCAAGACUGAAAUUAAAGGAGGACAAGUCAGCUUUCGCAGCAAUUGUGAGGAGAAUCUCUAAGAUACAAAAGAGCAACGGAUCCAAUUGGAUUGUGUUGAGAGAUAAAUGAUGUCUGGGUCUUAAAUUCAAGCUUUUCUUUUCCCAAAUCUGGUUUUUCACUUUUUCUUGAGGUAACAAUUUCGUGCAUUACAAUCUAGACCCUGCCACAUACUUUCUCCUUGUGAGAAAAAAGAAAAAUAUUGUAGGGCUUCUUGUUCUGAAAUCUGAACAAUGGUGAGGUUAGUUUUCUGUAACGUACCAGUAACCUGAAAAUUCAUGUCAUUUAAUUUUUCUUUUA